AAGAGAAGGUUAGUUUCUCUGAUGAGGUGGAGGAGGAGAGUGUAUUUUCAGAAGGACACUACUCUGUACCAGAGUGUUUUAAACCCAAUGGGACACGCACAGAUACCAUGGUUACUAACACACUCUCCAGACAUGGCAACUCUUCUACAACUCUCCCGGGACGAGCUCACCACUCGGCAGCGCCUCACCACUCGGCAGCGCCUCCCCACAUACGUCACUCCACUCAAACUCUCCCUAAGAACCUCUCAGCUCUUUAUCUACAUGGACCUGUACCUCGUCGUGCCUCGGAGCCUGGCCAGAUAACAAGCACUCUACCUCACCUUGCCUCAAAGUUAACCCUGUCUCAGCAGCCCCCACUUGAACUCUACAACCUGUCACCACGGAGUUUUGACACUUCAACUGUGCACACUACGUUGAACCUCAAUACCAGAACAUUUGACUCCGACGCUUACAAGAACAAUGUGUUCAGCCCCCCACACCCUGUUGUAGAGAUAGUGAAAGAUAAGAGAAGUUGUAGUAUGGGUAUACUGUCUAGAGAUAAGGGGACUUUGUCUAAAGAUAAGGGGGCUUUGUUAAAUGAUAAGGGGCAAAAGAGCGGAGAGAAGGGGGGCUUGCAGUUUAGGGAGUGUGACGAUGAAUCUACACAGGUGAAACAGUAUCUAGCAGCACUACCUGAGGAUAAGAGACCCGUUAACACACUGGGUGUACAGUGGAGAAUCAAGCAACUCCAGACUCAACUCCCUAGGUAUUUGCACAAACUCAAUACUGUAGGGAAAAUGUUUCCGAGGGCGCAGGAGUUUUUUAUUUUUGUGGGGCGGGAAAGGGAGAAGCUAGGGAAGGGAGAGGUUAAAUCUUUCAAGAAGAAGAGCAAAAGAUACGUCAGUCAUAAGGGACAACCUUACUGUCAGGGGUGUUACGAGAAACUAUUCUGUACACGCUGCGUCACAUGUCGUGAACCUAUCGGCGCAGGCGCUCCACUCUUCAAACAUGGGGCCCUGCGUUGGCAUGGCAACCCGCAGUGCUACGCGUGCUCCUUCUGCAAAACAUCUCUCGUCAACAGGACCUUCAUGCCGACUGAGCGUUACGUGUACUGCUCUAAAAACUGUUACAGAUGUCACGAGAGUCUGAGGAAAACUAAGGGGAAAUAGCUUGUCACGUGACUGCAGCCUGGAUAGAGUUAGGUUUACUUAGAUUAGUAAUACCCGAUUACAGUUUUAAUGAGACCUCAAUUAUAGCCCAAGAUCAGAUUUUUGUUGUUAUUUAUAAACACCAUAUUGAAUUUGUAUUUGCAGAAUUUUGUGUUUUUUCUCACUGCAUCAACUUUUCUGACCAUAGUUCUGCCGAUUAAUUGCGAUUCCCAGCAAUCGAUUGUUUUGAGAUCGUUUAGCAUGCGAAUUUUCACAUCAUGAAUAACAAUCUAUGUACGAGACUCAUUACGAGUGUUCUAUGUAAUUUUAUUGAGAUUUAAGCAGAUGAUAGAAGUAAAUUAGCAGGAUUUUUCAUUUCAUGACCAGAUUAAAGUUGGUUGUCCAAAUGUUUAUUCGCCUUAGCACUGUUUUGCAAGAAUCACACGUCGAGUUAUUAUUUUAUAAUAUUACCAGAUCACAAACCCAUCAUAUGUAACUUUAACCAGGCUAACCUGCAAUUGUCAUUUGGAGAAACCAUCUCAAUUCUCAGUAGUGUGUUAGAUAGUUCAAUCAUCAGAGUUAUUACAGAAUAUAAAGAUAUUUAGUGAAUUUUACAGAAUUUCGAAUCAUUUUAUUCA